CCUGUGGAGCUGCAGAUAAACGGCAACCUUGUGACCAUGCAGGCCUCCACGUCACAUUCCUGCUAAAGUCCAAGAGCUCAAGGAGGUGUCAUCAGCCUGUGUGGAUGCAAGAAGAUGCCAUCCCCAGGAAUAUAAAUACAGAGACGCUCCCCAGGCAGAGCUGCAGAGCAGAAGCCUCUCGUGCAGAAGGUCUGUUGCUGACAGGGCUUUGUGUGCUGUUCCCUGCCAUCUGCCAUGUCUCUGAAGGCAGCUGCUUUCCUCCUCGGACUCUUGGUUGCCACCACAGGGGCCCAAGACGGUCCCACCCCCCAACAGCUUACUGACUUGGUCUGGCAGUACUUCACCCAGCUGAGCAACAAUGCCGAGGAGACCCUGAGACAGGCCCAGCAGUCGGACAUCAGCAAGCAGUUCACGGUCCUGAUCCAGGACAACCUCCAGGCCAUGAACACCUACUCCAAGCAAAUGCAGAAAAAGAUGGCCCUGUACGUCACACAGCUGCUGGCCCAGCUAAGCGAAGAAGGGGAAAAGAUAAAGGAAAGGAUCAAGACGGAGCUGGAGCAGCUGCAGACGGAUAUCGGUCCCUUCUCAGCAGAUGUCCAGAACCAGGUGACCACAAUUGCCCAGAACCUGAAAGUCCAGCUGGCCUCCCACGCCGAGGAGCUGCAAGCAACAACAGACAUCCUGGCCACCCAGGUCAGCCAGCAACUGGCGCCCUUUGUGCAAGAGCUGCAGGCCCAGCUGAAGGAGAAUGUGGGGGACCCAGCCUCUCUCUCCCCUUACGUCCAGAGGCUUCAGCAGACCGUCAACGAGCAAGUGGAAGACAUCAAGGUGCAGCUGGGCCAUUUUCCUGCAGAGGUAAAGACCAAGGUGGACCAGGCGGUGGAGGAGCUGCACAAGCGCCUCUCCCCCUAUGCCCAGACAACGCCAGAGCAGCUGAGGCGGCAGCUGGAAGAGCUCUCCUUCCGGGUGGCGAGAAGCGCGGAGGCCCUGCGGGACAAGAUCCAGGAAGAAGCUGAGCGGCUGCAGGGACGGCUCGACGGGCUUCUGCAGGGAGACCUGAUGUCCCGCCUGGACAGCCUGAAGGAAGAUGCCGGGCAGCAGAUUGAGGACUUCCGCCAGCAAGUGGGGUCUUUCGGGGACAGCUUCAACCAGCUGGUGGUGGGAAAAGUGCAGCAGCUGGGCCAGAGGUUGCAAGACCCUGCUAGUGGGGUGGAGGACCACCUGAGCUUCUUGGAGAAGGAAGUCAGGGAGCAGAUCAUCGCCUUCACAAACAGCCUCCGGGAGACUGAGGAGCGCCUCCUUCUUGCCCCGGAGGAAGCAUAAGAGAGGGGAGCCCUGCAGCUCUCCCAGGAGACCCCAAGACUUUGUGCUUGAAAUAAAAGAACUGCUCAGCCACC